AUGGAGGGGAACUCACUGAUGCCGUUAAGGAUAUCAAACAGAAACUCAAAAAAUCGGUACGACUACACUGCAUCGGGAAUUACAGAAACGACACGAUAUCUGCUGUUCAUCUUGAUCCCGAUACUACAAAAGUGUUCACCGUUGCCGCCACCAGUCAUAGCAAAUAGAUGUUUUACAGAUCGAUUGUUUUAUAUUUAUACAUCAGGAACAACAGGUUUACCAAAAGCUGCUAUAAUUACCCAUGCAAGAUUUGUAUACAUGGCAUACGGCAUGAACCGAUGUUUCUGGAUGAAUUCAGAUGAUAUCAUUUACUGCCCUCUACCACUUUAUCACUCGGCAGGCGGCAUCGUCGGCAUUGGUCAGACAAUAGUCAGUGGAAUCACUGUGGUUAUUCGUAAGAAGUUUUCAGCAAGUCAGUUUUGGGACGACUGCAUCACCUAUAAUUGUACAAUAAUACAGUAUAUUGGUGAGAUAUGUCGGUAUCUUAAAGUGCAGCCCGUUAAGGCAGUUGAGAAGCAGCAUAAAGUAAGAAUGGCUGUCGGUAACGGACUAAGACCGCAGAUAUGGGAGGAAUUUGUGACAAGGUUUAACAUUCCAAAAAUUGCCGAGUUCUAUGGUUCAACUGAAGGGAAUGCUAAUAUUGUUAAUACGAAUAACAAACCUGGUGCUGUUGGUUUCAAUUCUCGCAUUGCUCCAUGGGCUUAUCCAAUCAAACUAGUGCGAGUCAAUGAAGACACCGGUGAAGUGAUCCGGGAUCCGAGAACCGGACUAUGCAUAAUAUGUGAACCAGGUGUUGAAGGACGUUGUGGUAUGGCAGCAGUCGUAGAUAAACACCAUACGCUAGAUUUGGUGGCCUUAGCCAAUAACUUGAAAAAACAACUUCCAAGCUAUGCAAGACCCUUAUUUAUAAGAUUGGUGGAAAGCGUUGAUACUACAGGUACAUUUAAAAUUAAGAAGACCGAGUUAAGAAAGGAAUCAUUUAAUCCCAAUGUUGUCAAAGAUAAAUUGUAUUUCAGCAAUUCAAAGACUGGAGAGUAUCAACUCAUUAAUGCACAAGUGUACAGUGAUAUAUGCAAUGGCAAAGUUAGAUUGUAA